UAGUUGCGACUUGUGCAACAACAUUUAACGUGCACGGGAAUAAAUCGUACAAAUUGUGACUAAAAAAAAGCAGGCAAACAAAAAAUGCGACUGACUUUGAUAAAUUUGUUCAAGAAAACGGUGCCCGGACACAUAUUCCGCGGCAAGCGUCGCCUCGUCAAGCCAGUCAGCAAACAGGCAAUGGACACGCUGACCCGUGAAUAUGAGCGCCAGGAGCACAUCAUGUUCCUGCUGCGGCAUCCUUAUCUCACACUGGAGCAAUCAUCGGGACAUGCCAAGGAGCUGCAGAAGCGCGACAAGCUGGUGGCCAAAUGGACGGAUGAGCAGACACGCAGCAAGAUGAAGCCACACAUUACCAUCGAGGAGCGUCUGCAGCACCUCCGUGUCAAGGAGGCGUGGGACUAGGCAUUUAAUAUUCCGUUUGUUUUAUCCAUGCUUAAAUAAAUAUUAUACUAGAUACUUAUGUAAUUAAACGCAAGAUUCGUCCUCAUAA